AUGGCCACUUAUUUACCCCAGAGGGCCCAUGCACACGCCUGCCUAGCUGCACCCCACCCUGCCGAACCCCCGCAGCCGAAACGUUACCGAAACACCGAAUGGUGCAAUGGUACAUCACACCUACGUAGUGUAGUCAGUGAGCUAUCACACGAAGAUAAUAAGCAUUUUGCGUCGGCGCUUCUCGGGUUAGUGGCCCUCGCGACUUCAUCCGGUUGGGAUUGCUUGGCGCCUGGGCCGGGUGUGGUGGUGGUGCAUGGAUUAUCACUCGACGCUGGUGGGAGGGGACCUUUAUCGGAUGGUAAAACAUACGAGGCGGAAAUGUUGAGUUUGUGGUGGUUUUUUGCUGCAUUUUUUGUGCAGGAGGGUAUAUAG